UCUAGCAAACUCACCUGCUAACACGUCCACAAACAGUUUCGGCAUUGUAUGGCUUAUGGCCACGCUGGGACCUCGAAACAAGAAAAUCACGAGGAAGCAGCUCGCCGCUGUAGACCUGGCGAGGACAUGCGACCUGAUCGCUGAGCCCCCAGAGCCCAUGGCAUUGAGAUUGAGUGGAGCUUUACUUGUGGGUGUCGCUAGAGUAUAUAAUCAGAGUUUUGACAUGUUUUACUCUGAUGUCAACGCCUUCCACUCCAACCUGCGACGCUCCAUCGCUACUGAUUUCAAUACUGCCAAUGGAGGUACAACCGGCGGGUUGGCAUUGGAACUUCCGGGCGAGGGAAGAAGCAGACCUGAGCAGAUCACUCUCGGUGGUGUUGAAUUCGAUUGGGAAACUGAUUGGACCAAAGAGCUUGGUUAUAUUGACUGGAAUAACCCUCUUGGAGCCACACGCAAGCGGCGCGCUUCAUCUGUGAUUUCGUCUUCUCAAGCGACUCCGAUGUCUAAAAGGCAUCAUGAUGAUGGCGAGAGACAUGAAGAGAAUGAUUCAGAAGAUGAGGGUUAUGAGUCUGAGGUGGCUAGACAGGCUAAACGUAAGAAGUACUCUGCUUCCGCAGCAGCCACGACCCUACAUCGCACACCUCUUCACCCCCAUGCACCUUCCAAUUCGCUCUACACUGGUCCAGACUUGAACUUCAAUGAAGAAGUCGACCUCGGUCUCAAUCUUGAUUUCGAAGCUCCCGCAGGGGCCAACGACAGCUUUUCAGGGCCUUCGGGGAGAGACUUUGAUAUUCCAUUUGCCCAACCCGAUGACUAUGAUAUUGGAUUGAAUUUCGAAGGCUUUGGCGAAGCCAGGCCAGAUGAAGACGCCGAUAUGGGCCCCCCCGUCGCCUACGACGAUGAGUUAGGGGAGAAAUAUGCGCCCUACCAAGCUCAGACUCUGCAACGAUCUCCUAAUCGUCAGUCUUCAAUCGAGACCGUUGAGCAAAAUCUCGAAGCAAAGAAGAAAAGGGAGAAAAAGUUGAAGACUGUUACUUUUGACAGGGCACUGGAGAUAGAUGAGGAGGAAGAGCGCCACGCCAAGAAGACUUAUGCUGAGAGAAUGGAGAAGGAGAAGAGAGAUGCAGAGUUGAAGCAAGUCGAAAAACAGAUCGCAACAAUAGUGGGAAGGAUGGUUGAUGGCGGGGGUGGCCUCGAAUUCUUUGAUCUGGAAAUGGACGAUUGGUUUUCCCAUCUCACUCAUGUACCCAAGUUCAAGUGGGAACAAGACUUGACACGAAGCAAGAAGGGGAAGUAUGGUGCAUUUAAAGCCCACGCAAAGGAUAUUGACGUUCAAGAGCCUGUUGACGGCCGCCCUGAUGUCUAUGAUAAUCUGCCUCCAAUGGCUGAGCCUGAUGACUAUGUUUAUGACGUGUUUGGCAACAUUGACCUCGGUCAGUACGAUGACAAUGGGCCCAUCCAAUAUGACGAUUACGACAUGCCUGUUCGUGACAGAAAUGUCGGAAGGGGUAGUGAGGCACUGGACCUGGAGUACGCCCGUAGGGAAAAUGCUCAGAGUGGCAAUCUGCCUUGGGAGGCAGGAAUGAUGGAAAACUACUCACCUGGUUUCCCCGACAUGCCCGACACGUCCUUCACUCCAGGCUCCCUUAAGCUCAGCAUUAUGACUCCACAGGAAGUUCGACUUCGAGCACACAGUCGCUCUGGAUCACUCGGUGGUCCCCUCAAUCAGCGCCGGCGCAUCCGUUCUUCUUCACUUAUGAGCGAUCGCCCGGACGACGAUCCUCUCAUGUUGGCUCCAGGAAAUGACAGCGACCUAGAUGUACUGCCUGAUGAGCUUGAUCUUGCGAACAUCAUAUCAUCAGAAACUCAGGAAGCGAGACUGGCUGAUCUCCCCGAAGCGUUCCGCCCAGAGAUGCUGGCGACUCUUGAAAAGCAGUGCCGAGACUUUUUCACGUACGUUGAGAAGCGCAUGCUCACUCUUGAUAAACAAGAGGUAGAAUUCAACGAGCUAGUGCCAGAAAAGUCUUCAAAGCAUGUAGCGGCGGUCGCUUUUUAUGAUUGUCUUACUCUUGCCACCAAAAAGAUUCUGAGCAUCAAUCAGCCUGAACCCUGGGAAGACAUUAACAUUCAUUUUGCUGUCAAAAAUCCGUAAACUUCUCAAUGCCUUUUCGUAACAUUUCUCUUUGACUUUAUAGUUAUCACUAGGGAAAAAAAGCUAUCAGGAUCAAUAAUCGGUGAUCUGUUCAACAUGUGCAUUUAUAUCUAGUUGGGCUUUGAUAUGCAACAAUGACAUCCA